AUGUCUCAAUAUCAGCAAGGUGGCUACCCCCAACAGGGCUACCCUCCUCCCCAGGGUUACCCCCCUCAGGGUUAUCCCCCUCAGGGCUAUCCUCCUCAGGGUGCCUACCCUCCUCAGGGCUACCCACCGCCCCAGCAGAUGAACUAUCACGAGCCGCCCCCGCAGAAGGAGGAGAAGAGCCGCGGGUGUUUGGCCGGUUGUAUCGCCGCCAUCUGCUGCUGCUGGCUGUGCGGUGAAACCUGCGAGUGCUGCUUCGAGUGCCUCGAAUGCUGCUUUUAA